AAAUCAAGUUGGGGAUUUGGGAAAAACACCGCCCUGUCUCUCACGUUCUCUCUCCAAAACCUCACUCUAUUUGGCUACACUCUCGUCCCCAAGCCCUAUCUUUCUCUCUCCUCCGACCACCAUACAACGGCGGCCACCUCUGACGACGGAGAACAAGGUUAAGUUUCUACUCUCUCUCCUCUUGUAGUUAUGGAAUGUGAUACUUUGCGUGACCCCUUUUCUUCAAGAACCUUCAAUUUUGAGUAUUCAUCUUCACUGCAAAUUUCAUCACCACGUAAGAAAAGAAAGACAAAUCGGGUUAAAUAUGAUGGUUUUUUCCCAAUUUUACGAUCCUCGGAUUAUUAUACUGAACCUCCAUUGAAGGAGUUAGCUGAAUUAGAGGAGAUUUAUCCUGGGUAUUGUAGUAAAAUUAAGGAUUUUACGGUUGGGAGGGUAGGGUUUGGGAGUGUGAAGUUUUUGGGGGAGACUGAUGUGAGACGGUUGGAUUUGAGGGAGAUUGUUAAGUUUAAUAGGCAUGAAGUUGUUGUUUACGAAGAUGAGAGUAGUAAGCCUGACGUUGGUGAAGGGUUAAACAAGCCUGCUGUUGUUACAUUGUUUCUGAAGUUCGAAACGUUGAGCUUCGAUCGUUCUAAGUUUUGUAAGGUAGUUGAUAGGUUGAGAGCUAGUACGGAUAGGCAGGGAGCGGAGUUUAUUUCGUAUGCCCCGUUGAAUGGGGAAUGGAAAUUUUCGGUUAGGCAUUUUAGUCGGUUUGGGUUGAGUAUGGAUGAUGAGGAUGAUAUUGUGAUGGAUGAUGCGGAUGUUAACCCAUGUGAGGAUCCUGUUGAGAUGAAUGGCAGUGUUGGUUUUGGUGAUGGUGAAGAUGAUGAUAUUGGUAGUGAUGGGUUUGAUAUGGGUGAGAAUAGUGCUGAGCUUUCUCACUCACUUCCUGCUCAUCUUGGACUUGAUCCCGCUCGAAUGAAAGAGAUGAAAAUGUUGAUGUUUUCUGGUGAAGACGAUGAGGAUGAAAAUUAUGAUGAUAUUCUAUCUCUUGAGAAACAAGGAGCUUAUGCAGAAAAGUUUCGAUUAUACAACUCAGGGUUAAGGGUGAACUAUAAACCCAGUCCUCCUCCUCCUAGGAAGACUCCAGUACCUUUGCUUGAGUAUAAGUCUAACAGUUUGGAUGUGAAUGCUCCUGGUACUCUUCUAUUAUCACAACAACAUAAAGGAUCGCCUUUGAGGGUGGUUAAACCAGACGGUUUUAAACUGAACUAUAAGCAAGAAACACCAGUAUCUGGUUAUCAUUCGCGAAAUAUAGUUGAUGCAGGAUUGUUUAUGGGUCGAUCAUUUCGUGUUGGUUGGGGACCUAAUGGUCUCCUCGUUCAUAGCGGUGUACCUGUCAGUAGUAAUGACAGCCAAGGAAUAUUGUCUUCUGUAAUAACGCUUGAAAAGGUUGCAAUAGAUAAGGUCACUAGAGAUGAAAGUAAUGAAGUGAAAAAGGAUGCUGUUGAUUCACUUUUUAAGUCUCCCUUAGAUCUUCACAAGUCUUUGGAUCAUAGGAUACUUGAAGUUGAAGUUGGAUCCUUGAAAUUAAGCCUCCAAGAGGUCGUAUGUGAUCGUUCAGCUCUCUCAGACAUAUGUCGGCGCUAUAUAGAAGUAGUUGAGAGGCAACUUGAGGUUCCCGGUAUGUUGCCACCUGUUCGUAUGUCUUUGAUGCACCAAGUGAUUGUGUGGGAGCUGAUUAAGGUCCUUUUCUCUGAAAGGGAGACCAGUGGGCGGACAGUGUUUGGGGUAGAAGAUCAUGAGGAAGAUAUGAUGCUGGAUGGAAAAGCCAUCCGCUCAGAAAUCGAUCCUGAAUCACUCCCUUUGAUGCGGAGGGCAGAGUUUAGUUAUUGGUUACAAGAGAGUGUGUACCAUCGGGUGCAAGAAGAUCUGAGCUGUUUGAGUGAGUCUGAUGAUUUAGAACAGAUAUUUCUUUUCCUGACUGGGAAACAGUUGGAUGCUGCUGUUGAAUUGUCUGCUUCUAGGGGGGAUGUGAGGCUGGCCUGUUUGCUAGGAGAGGCUGGUGGGUCUAUGGUGAAUCGUUCUGAUGUAGCUCGACAGUUGGAGUUGUGGAGAACUAAUGGUAUGGACUUUAACUUCAUUGAGAAAGAAAGAAUACGACUUUUUGAAUUGCUUUCGGGUAAUAUUCACAGUGCAUUGGCUGGCAAAAGCAUUGACUGGAAAAGGUUCCUGGGGUUGUUGAUGUGGUAUGAAUUACCACCAGGAACUUCCCUGCCUGCUGUUUUUCAUACCUACCAACAUCUUCUUAUCGAAGGAAAGGCUCCUUACCCUGUUCCAGUUUAUAUUGACGAGGGACCAGUUGAGGAGACAGUUAAAGUUGACACAGAGGGACGGUAUGACCUUGCAUAUUAUCUGAUGCUGCUUCAUGCUAGUGAAGAUGGUAAAUUUGAUGGUCUCAAAUCUAUGUUCAGUGCUUUUGCAUCAACCAAUGAUCCACUUGACUACCAUAUGAUCUGGCAUCAGCGUGGAAUUCUCGAGGCAAUUGGUGCCUUCAGUUCUAGUGAUCUUUAUAUUCUUGAUAUGGCAUAUGUUUCCCAGCUUCUUUGUCUAGGGAAAUGUCAUUGGGCCAUCUACGUUGUCCUCCACAUGCCCUAUUGUGACGAUUUUCCUUAUCUCCACUCUACUGUUAUCCGAGAGAUCUUGUUCCAAUAUUGUGAUACCUGGAGUACCCAAGAGGAGCAGCGCAAAUUUAUUGAGGAGUUGGGUAUUCCAUCACAGUGGUUGCAUGAGGCUAUGGCUGUGUAUUUUCAAUACUAUGGUGAUCUUGCAAAGGCCCUAGAACACUACAUUAGAUGUUUCUGUUGGCAAAAAGCUCAUUCGAUUUUCAUAACAUCCGUGGCCCAUUCCUUAUUUUUAUCAGCUGAAGACUCUGAGAUUUGGAGGUUGGCCAUGUCAUUGGAGGAUCACAAGUCGGAGAUUGAAGACUGGGACUUGGGAGCUGGAAUUUAUAUCUCAUUUUAUCUGCUGAGAAGCUCUCUGCAGUGUGAUGAAGAUGAUAUAAACAAACUGGAUACUCUUGAGAGUAAAGAAGCAGCUUGUAGGGAGUUCUUUGAUUGCCUAAACAAGUCUCUAGAAGUACUGGGAAGCAGACUACCCACAGACGGAAGGGUGGUCUAUUCAAAGAUGUCAGAAGAGAUAUGCAGUUUGCUUGUGUCCGAUAGUGGAGCUGAUUCAACACGUGAGACUCAGUUGAGCUGCUUUGACACCAUAGCUGCUGCCCCAAUUCCUGAAGAUCUCCGUUCUUGUCAUCUGCAGGAGGCAGUGUUACUUUUCACCACUUUUCUUUCGGAGACAACCACCUAACCAAUUUUCAGGCUCAAAUAUUACAAUCAAAUAUAGUUCGAUACACAAGGGUGUAUUGCAAAUACAGUUCUGUGCAGCUUGCAGCUUUCGAGCUAGAUCAUGUCCAGCACGCAGCAUUCGAGGUGUCAUGAAUUGUGGUAGAUUGUAUGCAAUUCUCUUGGUGGGGGCCUUGAAGUUCUUCUUUCGCAGUCUCAAUCCUGUCGUGUGUUGUAAAUCUAGUACUUCCUCUCCUGGGUGCACUAAAACCAGCCUACCUGCACGAGGGUGGUUUAGCUAUUAGUAUACGGGUCGGAUCAUCAAUGUUGUUAUAUAUACUAGUUCAUGUCCUGCCCACUUCAAAUAUUUGUGUUGGAAUUUGCAGGUCAUUUUCCCGCUCCCUUUUGCGGAUGAACUUUGCUGAUUUAUUGAAGUAGUGCUUCUUCUCUAUUAAA